AUGUCGACCAUCUCCUCUCCUCGCCCGUCAAUUGCUUCUUCCCGUGCACACUCUCCAACCCCCGCAUCCUCCCGCCGUCCCUCGCUGGACACGCUGAAUACCAACGUCGGAGGCCUCAGCGCUUCAUCCACCCCCUCGACCGCACGUGCUGUCUCGCCCUCUCUCCACCCCCGCCGCAAUCGUGCCGCUCUCCGUGACUACUAUAACCUCAAGCCAUCAGCAGCCGAUCCCGCCGGCAAUGGUCGCCGUUCCCGCAGCGUUCCCCGGCAUACCGAUGCCGGAGACAUCUCGAGCCCGUCUUCCGCGGUGACAGCCGGGACGGAGCUCGACAAUCCGGACUUUGAUGCGCAGCGUUACGUCAACCACCUGUUGGAAACAUCGACACUCUCAACGGUUCUCAAGGCGGAAAAUACGCUUGUGGGUGAUAUUCGCACGCUGGAUAGUGAGCGUAAGGCGCUCGUCUACGAUAACUACUCCAAGUUGAUUCGGGCGGUGGAAACAAUUGGAAAAAUGCGUCGGAGUAUGGAUGAGCGUGGGGCACCGCUUACGAUGACCAAGACUCUUGGGCCGUCGAUUGCGUUUGUUGCUGAGACUGCUGGGGGGUUGAUUCAGGAGGGAGAAGACCAACGGCGGCGGAUGAGAGAAGCAAAAGCCAACGAGGAAACAGAGCGCAAGAAGGCUGAGAAGGAGACUGUUAGAUGGGUUCUUGGAGCCCCGGAGAGACUGCAAAGGCUUAUCGACGAAAAGAAGCGAGAGGAUGCAGAGAAGGACUGGAGCGAGAUACAGGGUCUGCUCGAGAAGUGGGAUGGGGUGAAGGGAGUUUCUGAAAUCCGGGAGGCUUGCAAGAAGAUCAUGGAGGAAAAGGAGAAUAAGGAUUCUUGA